AUGUUUCGCUGGGUCGUUCUGUUUAUCGUCUUCACUGUCGUAGCUGCUGAAGACUAUUUUGCUACUGGUCUGGGAACUUUGGACCCAAACUAUAGCCAGAAGCUUGGACCUGAUGGUUCAGUUCGUCUGGACUUUCGUCAAAAGAAAAACGGAUUUUCCUACUCUGUUUCUAACUCUGCUGACCAAAACGGGGCAGCCCAGCAACACACAGCUAUUUCUAAAGAUGCCCUUGGAGGCCAUACAAUCGAACACGCUAGCCAUGGACACCAUACGAAUCCCUACACUGGACAAACGGAUGUCAAGCACUCUGAACAUUCCUUCCACAUCAAUCCGUACCUAGGUAAAGCAGCUGUUCAUUCUAACGACGCUGCUGGUCACCUUAGCCCUCAGACUUCCUCAGCAGACUACCAGCAAGAUAACUAUGAUGCUCAGAUAGCUCCCGGUCUUAAGGUUAUUCAGAAAAGCCACGAUGAUUCUUCUAUCUCUCCUUAUGGUAACCAUGCUAGCCACUCCGUCCACAAUGCCCAUGCCGCUGCUGUUCCAGGUGGAAUAGCCCACACUUCUCACACAGCCAAGGCAACCCAUGACAACCUCCCUGGUCUGGGGGGUUACACUCAAGCUCAAGUCGCUGAUGUACAUGGUCUGCAAGGUCCAGGCUAUGGUGCUUUAAGUCAAGCUGCUCAGAACACUCAUGCCUCCUAUGGCCCCUAUGGUCUAGCAGCUGAAGUAAAGCAGGGUGGAUAUGCUGCUGACAAUGUAUACAAUGCCCACUUGAACUAUGCUGGUGGGAACGAGCAUGCCUUUACUCACCACGCUGCUCGUCACCCUUACAAUGGAUACCAGCAAGUUACCCACACCACUAAUGCUGUUCAUGAAGGCCCCAUCUACCCUGGUGCAGGUGGCUACAUUCAUGCUGGCCAUGGUUACGUACAAGGUGGCUAUGCACCUUUAGCUUAUGGCCCUCUUCCCUCUGCCUACCCAGCUUAUGGCCAUAAGAAAUAG